CCUAUCGCUCUCAUCAAUUGUCAUAUUGGCCCUGAGCCAGCCAAUGGGAAGCGGACCGGGAGGCCAACUUGGUGCUACCAAGGUUGGGUGCGCGGUGAACGGAUGGCAGAGCGAGCCGAACGGACUCCUGAGGAGCGCGGGACAGCUGUUUGAAUGUUAUCUGUUGCCACCUAUUGAUGUCAAGAUGACUAAGCUGGGAUUUUUACGGUUGUCCUAUGAGAAGCAGGACACACUUCUGAAGCUUCUAAUUCUGUCAAUGGCUGCUGUAUUAUCAUUCUCCACUCGUCUCUUUGCUGUCCUGAGAUUUGAAAGUGUCAUCCAUGAAUUUGAUCCGUACUUUAAUUAUCGGACUACCCGGUUCUUGGCUGAGGAGGGAUUUUAUAAAUUCCAUAACUGGUUUGAUGACCGGGCCUGGUACCCUUUGGGACGAAUUAUUGGAGGAACAAUUUACCCAGGCUUAAUGAUCACCUCUGCUGCAAUCUACCAUGUCCUCCAUUUUUUCCACAUCACCAUCGACAUUCGGAAUGUCUGUGUGUUCCUGGCCCCUCUCUUCUCUUCCUUCACUACCAUCGUCACGUACCACCUUACCAAAGAGCUCAAGGAUGCAGGAGCUGGUCUUCUUGCUGCUGCCAUGAUUGCUGUAGUUCCUGGAUAUAUCUCUCGAUCUGUGGCUGGCUCCUAUGAUAAUGAAGGGAUUGCCAUCUUUUGCAUGCUACUCACCUACUACAUGUGGAUCAAAGCAGUAAAGACUGGUUCCAUCUAUUGGGCAGCCAAGUGUGCCCUUGCUUAUUUCUACAUGGUCUCUUCAUGGGGAGGUUAUGUGUUCUUGAUCAACUUGAUCCCUCUUCAUGUGCUGGUGCUGAUGCUCACAGGACGUUUCUCUCACCGGAUCUAUGUGGCCUACUGUACUGUUUACUGCCUGGGCACAAUUCUUUCCAUGCAGAUCUCCUUUGUGGGUUUCCAGCCUGUGCUUUCAUCAGAACACAUGGCAGCCUUUGGAGUCUUUGGUCUAUGCCAGAUCCAUGCCUUUGUGGAUUAUCUACGCAGCAAGUUGAAUCCACAGCAAUUUGAAGUUCUUUUCCGAAGUGUCAUCUCCCUGGUAGGCUUUGUCCUUCUCACCAUAGGAGCUCUCCUCAUGCUGACAGGAAAAAUAUCUCCCUGGACGGGGCGUUUCUACUCACUACUGGAUCCUUCGUAUGCUAAGAACAACAUCCCCAUUAUUGCUUCUGUGUCUGAGCAUCAGCCUACGACCUGGUCCUCAUACUAUUUUGAUUUACAGCUUCUCGUCUUCAUGUUUCCAGUUGGUCUCUAUUACUGCUUUAGCAACCUGUCUGAUGCCCGGAUUUUCAUCAUCAUGUAUGGUGUGACCAGCAUGUACUUUUCAGCUGUUAUGGUGCGUCUGAUGCUAGUGUUGGCGCCUGUUAUGUGCAUUCUUUCUGGCAUUGGAGUCUCCCAGGUUCUGUCCACUUACAUGAAGAAUUUGGACAUAAGUCGACCAGAUAAGAAGAGCAAGAAACAACAGGAUUCUACCUACCCCAUUAAGAAUGAAGUGGCAAGUGGCAUGAUACUGGUCAUGGCUUUCUUUCUCAUCACCUACACCUUUCAUUCAACUUGGGUGACCAGUGAGGCCUAUUCUUCUCCCUCCAUUGUGCUGUCUGCUCGUGGUGGGGAUGGCAGUAGGAUCAUUUUUGAUGACUUCCGAGAAGCGUACUAUUGGCUUCGUCACAAUACUCCAGAGGAUGCGAAGGUCAUGUCAUGGUGGGAUUAUGGCUACCAGAUUACAGCUAUGGCGAAUCGGACAAUUUUAGUGGAUAACAACACGUGGAAUAAUACCCAUAUUUCUCGAGUAGGACAGGCAAUGGCAUCCACGGAAGAAAAAGCCUACGAGAUCAUGAGGGAGCUUGAUGUUAGCUAUGUGCUGGUCAUUUUUGGAGGCCUUACUGGGUAUUCCUCUGAUGACAUCAACAAAUUUCUGUGGAUGGUCCGGAUAGGAGGGAGCACAGAUACAGGCAAACAUAUCAAGGAGCACGAUUAUUAUACUCCAACUGGGGAAUUCCGUGUGGACCGCGAGGGUUCUCCAGUGCUGCUCAACUGCCUUAUGUACAAGAUGUGUUACUACCGCUUCGGACAGGUCUACACAGAAGCCAAGCGUCCACUAGGCUAUGAUCGUGUUCGGAAUGCUGAGAUUGGGAAUAAAGACUUUGAACUUGAUGUCCUGGAGGAAGCAUAUACCACAGAACAUUGGCUAGUCAGGAUAUACAAGGUGAAGGACCUGGAUAAUCGAGGCUUGUCAAGGACAUAAAUGUUACAUCCAGCUCUGAUCUGCUUCGCACUGAGCGCAUCACAUUUAGGGCGCUGAAGACAUUUUUAAAACAUGCAGUUUAUAAGAACAGAAUGUGAUGGGAUUAGAAUUAUCUGGAUGUUUUGCCCUGGGCAGUAUAGGCUGGGCCAAAUGGAAUGAUCUUUAUAAUUCUGAGCAGGUUACCAAAUGAAAUGUCAUGGCUUUACUUUGGUCAAUUAAAGGGGGGAAUUUUUUUUUUAAUGUGCCUUAUUUGUUUUGACUUAAUGACUGAUUUGAGGAAGCCUAAAAUUUAUGUUGGGCUGGAAGAAGGACAGAAACAGACCUCAUUCAAGUUCUUAGCUCCCUUAAUGAGCCAUGUAGGGGCAUUCUGUCUUUCUCAAAUCAGGAAAAACCAUCAAGGUCUAGCUCAGAUCCUACAAAAACAAACAAUUUUGUCAUUUCAAAAACUGCAGCACCUAGCACAAUGCCUUGCACAUAGUGGGUGCUCAGUAAACUUAUUGAAUGAAUAAAAGUUUGUGGGACCAGAGGAGUGCCAUUUCUGUGCAGGAAGGAUAGCCGUGUUGCUGUAAUGUCUGUUCUCAACAUCUCUCAUCCGUAGAGGCUAUCUAAGGGACAGAGGGACAGAGGUGGCUAGCCAGACCUGAUCUUACCAAUAUUCUUUGGGAUGAGCUAGGUUUUUGUUUUUGAGCAGGAAUAAAUCUACUGAGAUUAAAUCUUAAAUUUUGAAGACUUAAGGCAGUCAGUGAAAUUACUGUUCUCAAGGGGGAGGAAGAAACUUCACGUUAUAUAUAGAGCUUGAUGGUCAAUAGGUGUUUUUGAAUUAGCUGAAACAUAACCAUACAUAUCUAUUUGAAAUUAGCUUUUCAGUACCUUCACUUAUUCAUGAUAUAGUACAUGUUUCUUUUCUUACUUCCUUUAGCUUAUGCACUAAAACUUUUGCUAGUUAUUUAAAGGUGAGCUCUUCUUCCUUAGUUUCAACCUUUUUAUUAUCAUAGAUCACUAACAAGCUCCAUGAUCCAGUUUUCAAGCCCUUGCCAAAUAAGCUACACAAAACACAGGAGUGGAGUUCUCUUGUGCAGCAGCAGGUUAAGGAUCAAGCAUUGCCACUGCAGUGGCUUGGGUGGCUGCUGUGGUACAGGUUCGAUCCCUGGCUUAGGAACUUCCAUAUGCUGCAGGUGUGGCUAAAACAAACAAACAAAAACACAGGAGUCCCAUUGCUAUUUAAUGUCAGGACAAAUAGCCUUAUGUUCAGUUACAACAGUGUAUAUUAUGUACUUUAAAACAUAAUAUAUGUCAAUGAUGUAUAUAAACCCUUAGUUAUUUAAAAAAAAAAAUGCAAGGUAACUCUUUACUGUUACUAUUUAAGAAAUAGGAGCAAUGACAUAACUUGCAGAGAAGUCAAAAUGGUGCUCCUAAAGGGUAUACUCAGGUCUGCUUGUGUACCCAGGAAGCAGCCUUCCAAACCAGGUUAUACACCAGGUGCUUCAACUGUGGGUGAGAUUUAGAUUUGAUUUACUAUGUGUAAAUAUGUGACUUGAUUUAUGUAUAGAAUUCCUCCCUAGGGGAAGAGGUUAUUCUAAGGGUUUUAUUUGUUUUUGUUUUUCUUACCAAUGUGAGUAAUACCAGUUAAGAGACCAUUAGUGAUUAUUUUCCUCUGUAGGAUAUGGGGUAGCUCUUUAGUUUAUCACUGUAGUUAUUGCUGUUAUGAUUUUAAUUUUGUUACUUUCUAGAGUACCUAAAGCUGUAUUUUUAAGAAAAUUCUCAUUUCCAUUGUUACAGUGCACUUAGUGUAAAAAAAAAAAUCAAAUAAUUUUUAAAAAAGCACUGUUUUCAACUCCCCAGAGGUACCCACUUUCAACUCUGUUGAUUCUCACAUUACUUAUCUCCAUAUCAUUAAACACCUUGCUUUAUUUUGCUA